AUGGGUCGCAAGUUCUUCAAAACAAUAAUUGACGAGACUCAAUGCUCCAGGAAUGGGACGAUCCAGUCCAUCAAAGAGAUCGUCCACAACCUGUCCACCUCCAAGCUCGAUCCUAAUACCGAAGUCGUCAUCGCACCUCCAAGCUUAUACCUCCUGCUCGCGCGUGAGCACCUUUCGCCCAACAUCGAAGUUGCGGCCCAGAACGUGUUUGACCGGCCCAACGGUGCCUUCACCGGUGAGAUCUCGGUAGCGCAGUUGAAAGACAGCAACAUCACCUGGACGCUGCUGGGCCACUCGGAGCGCCGCACUAUCCUGCGCGAAGAAGACGAGUUCGUUGCUUGCAAGACAAAGGCUGCGCUGGAUGGCGGUAUUGGCGUCAUUUUGUGCUGUGGCGAGAGUCUCGAGGAGCGGGAGCAGGGCAUUACCAACGAUGUCGUCACAAGGCAAUUAGAGGCGGUAAACAAGACCAUUGGAAAGGAUGGCUGGAAAAAUAUCGUGAUUGCAUACGAGCCAAUCUGGGCCAUCGGGACAGGGAAGGUCGCUACAACCGAACAAGCACAAGAGGUCCAUGCCGCGAUCCGCAAAUGGCUGAGCGAGGCGGUCUCGCCUGAAGUUGCUGAAAAUACCAGAAUCAUCUAUGGAGGAAGCGUCAGUGAGAAGAACUGCAGAGAUUUGGCCAAGCAACCUGACGUGGAUGGAUUCUUGGUUGGCGGUGCCAGUUUGAAACCUGCUUGUACGUUGACCUCUCUCCCAUCGGAGCCGUAA